GCCUUUCCGCCCGCUCCGCGCGGCAUCUCGGGGUUUGUAGUUCUGCCCCGGAAGGGCGGCUGCCGGCCCCCGAGGCCGCGCCUCCCCGACACUACAACUCCCACGGGGCAGCGGGCCUCCGCUCCCGCACCCGCCAGGCCGGCAGGCCGCCUGCCUCGCUCGCGGCGGGUCCGGCGGCCGCCGCGGGGAGGGGCGCGAAGAUGGCGGACGCGGUCGCGGGCAGGGACAGGUGCGGGGAGCAGCGGCUCGUGUCGCUGCCGCUGUCCCGCAUCCGGGUCAUCAUGAAGAGCUCGCCCGAGGUGUCCAGCAUCAACCAGGAGGCGCUGGUGCUCACGGCCAAAGCCACGGAACUCUUUGUUCAGUAUCUAGCCACCUAUUCCUACAGACAUGGCAAUGGAAAAGAAAGGAAAGCACUCACUUACAGUGAUUUAUCAAAUACUGCAGAGGAAUCGGAAACUUUUCAGUUUCUUGCAGAUAUAUUACCAAAGAAGAUUUUAGCUAGUAAAUAUCUGAAAAUGCUUAAAGAGAAGAGGGAAGAGGACGAGGAGAAUGACACGGAUGAUGGAAGUAAUGGGGACGAAGCAGAGUCCUAAACCCAAAGUCAGCCUGCGGAGCGCCCUCCUGGAUUAGCACCAUUGCUUUGGAGUAAGCACAGCACCACGUGACUUUAGACUCUUCAGUUGUCAGAGACUUCAAGUACAUUGUAUGCCCUCCUGGCUGCCUCAGGGCACCUGAUGUGCCCACGCCAUAGAUGGCCAACAGGAAAGGAACCCAGACAGCAGCCUUUCCCUGAGGGGCGCACGCUGCAGGCCUGGGGCAGGGCGUACCAAGAAAGCUGCCUAUGCAGUCGGGCAUGCCUGGUUCAUCUGCUGCGGGUAAGCUGUAGAGGCAGACAAGUUGGCUUAACUUUUUAAUUUACAGAGAGAUUUUAAAGAGCUUCUAAAUAUCAGUUGUGUAAAUUCAUAGAUGACUAUUUGGAAAUUAGUUCUUGUAAACAACUAGCUGUAGUUUGAGCUAAAAAUAUAGUUUAUGGGUAGUAUGUUGCGUUUGAAAAUUUGACGAUUUGUCUUAAAUACUGCAUUUUUAUUAACUGAAAAAUAAAUUUCUUUAUUAGAAGCUGUA